AUGGCGGAGACGAUUGGAUCAGCUGCUUCAGGGCAUCCGAACCUCAACUUAACCGCGGAGGAGAGGCGAGUCUACGGCCAGCUCCUGAAAGAAGCGGACCCCGAUGGGUUCGGAGCUGUCUCUGGAGAUGUGGCCGUCAAAUUCUUUGAGCGGACAAAGCUACCGCCGGACGUCUUAGGACAGAUCUGGCAGAUUGCCGAUACUGAAAAUCGAGGCUUUCUCACACCAGCAGGCUUUGGAGUCGUGCUCCGACUCAUUGGCCAUGCGCAAAAUGGGCGUUCACCUUCGGCCCAACUGGCGACUCAGACUGGACCUCUCCCUCGAUUCGACACGCCCCAGUCCGAAAACCCGGCUCAACCCCUUCCACCCCCCCAGCCCGCCCAACCUGUCGUCCAGCAGUCCACAGGACCUCCUGCCAGCCCAACUCCAGCAGGUCCUCCUCCGAUCCGGGUGCCAGCCCUGACAGCAGAGAAGGUCGCAGAGUAUUCGACCAUGUUUGAAAAAUCAGGCGCGGAGAACGGUUUGCUCUCCGGUUUGCUAGCUAAACAAAUAUUUGAAAAAGCGAGGUUGCCCAACGAGGUACUCGGGCGGAUAUGGGGUCUCUCUGACACGCAAGGUCGGGGCGCCUUGGAUGUCACAGAGUUUGUGAUCGCCAUGCAUCUUCUAGCUUCCUACAGGUCAGGCCAGAUGCGCGGCGUUCCCAGCACACUUCCUCCGGGUCUUUAUGAGGCUGCAACCCGCCGACCGGCUGCACGGGUCACUAGUGGAUCACGGCCGGGCUCCAGUACGAUCCCUGGUGUGACCUACGGUGCUCGCCCACAAAGCCCGAUCACGCGGCAGCCGCAAGUAAGCACGCCGCUCACAUUGUCGGCGCAAUCGACGGGUGAGCCCUGGCUCAUCACUCCAGCGGACAAAGCUCGAUUCGACAGUAUUUUCGCGACGGUCGAUCGCCAAGGAAGGGGCUUUAUUACUGGAGACCAAGCAGUCGAGUUCUUCGGGAAUGCUAGGCUGCCGGAAGAGAUCUUGGCUCAAAUUUGGGAUCUGGCGGACAUCAACUCUGAAGGUCAGUUGAACAGAGACGAGUUUGCAGUGGCCAUGUACUUGAUCCGACAACAGCGAGGAACGAAGGAUGGACGAGGCAUUCUGCCUGCCUCUCUCCCCCCAGCUCUCGUUCCUCCCAGCAUGCGCAAGCUCCAGAUUGCUCCACCUCAGCCGACUGCUCCGGCAUUCGAGAAUGCCGCGCCAACAAAACCACGAUCUGCUGCAGACGACUUGUUUGGACUCGACGCGUUCGGUCCUCCCCCCCCAGUUGCUGCAGUCGCGCCUGCUCAAGUAUCUCAGUCAACGGGCGGAACGGAUGCUGGGCCGUUCGCAAAUCCCCCAGGUGUUCUGACACCGCAGAUGACGGCCUCACAAUUCAAACCGUUUGUGCCGACUAGUUCGUUUGGUCAAAGUAUCAUCCCUCAAUCGACCGGGUCGCCCGCACCGCAACCGAAAGCGCAACCAGAUGACCUUCUGGGGGAUGCAGAUCCAGAGAUCAGUUCGAAACUUACAAACGAGACCAGCGAACUAGGUAAUUUGUCCAAUCAAGUCAGCAGCUUGUCCAAGCAAAUGACGGACCUUCAAACGGACAAACGGCAAACAGAGCAAGAACUAUCUGGUGCAUCUGCACAGAAGAAGGCCUUCGAAGGCAGACUAGCUCAGCUCAGGUCUCUUUACGAAAAGGAGGUCCAAGAGGUUAAGGUUCUCAAAGAACAGCUGACGGCUUCCAAGAACGACACGAAGCGGCUGCAACAGGAAAUGGCCAUGAUCGACGGUACCCAUCAAGAUCUUGCAACCCAACACCAGCAACUCCGCGCUGCCCUCGACGCCGAUCAACGUGAGAACACUUCGCUAAAGGAACGAAUUCGACAGUUGAAUCAGGAGAUUGAACAGCUGAAACCGCAACUCGAAAAGGUCAAGUCCGAUGCGCGGCAGCAGAAAGGUUUGGUCGCAAUCAACAAGAAGCAGUUGGCUACUAACGAGGCCGAGCGAGAUAGAAUAAAGGCCGAGAUUGCUGCUGCUCAGAAGGAAGUCGAGGACGCUCAACGAGAGGCCGAGGAGUCGGCUCGACAAGUGGAAGCCUCCAAGAAGGAGUUGGAAGAAGCACGGAAUAUUCCCAUGCCCACGGUCAAAAGCCCUCCUGUUGUAAGCCCUGCGCCAUCUACAAGCUCCAAUCCAUUCUUCAGGCGGACAACGGACACAGCCUUCCCGCCUGCAGCCAGCGGGGGUGAACCAAGAGACAGUCAGAGUGCUUUCGACAGCAUAUUCGGGCCUUCAUUUGCGCCCGCGGCUCCUGCUCCCGCAACCUCUUUCUCGGGCCAGCCAUCGACUCCAGCCGGGCAACAAAAUCUCCCACAGCUUGACUCCCCAGCUUCUUCAUCCACGCCCAGAGACGCUGCUGAGCCUCCUGCUCCGCCCCAGUCCCGACAGAUCACCUCGGCAGCACUUCCCUUCCGCCGUCCCCUCGAGAGAGAGGAUUCCAUCAGUUCCUCCGUCAAGGUCGCGGAACCAGCCAGCAGGCUGAGUCCCAAUGAGACCCCUCAAGCACUGACUCCUGCAUCCACUACCAGCCCGUCCGACCACAAGAAUUCAACCGAAGAUCCCUUCACAGCCGCAGCACCUGAUGAAGAACAGGAAUCAGUCCGUAGAACACUACCUGAGCCCUCCACUGGAGAAACAACGGUGGACGAAACCUUCGGCAAGGCUUCCGCCGACCAAGCGAAAGACAUUCCUGGGGCGUUUCCAGGAUCACGCUCUGACACUCCGGGCGUCGACCCCACAGUGAUUGCUGCAGGAGCUGGUGCUGCAGCGGUCGCCGCUGGUGCAGGCGCCGCUGCCGCCGUUGCCACAACCAACGGUGAGAAACCGACCAGUCCGCAGCCCUCGGCGCCCUCGAAAGCCGCUGAGCAGAAUUUCGACGACUUCUUUGGAGGGCUGGCCCAUCAGCGUUCAGCAUCUCAGAAGGCUGCUGAUUUUGACGCUGCUUUUGCCGAGAUGGACAAGCCGAAAAGCGGAGCGAACGAUGAAUUCCCAGCUAUUCAGGAACUUGGCGGCGAUGAUGACGAUAGUAGCGAAUACAGUGACGACGAGACGCCCAUGAAGUUCGACGACGACUUCAACACAAGGUCUCCGCCUCGAGAGACCCCGACUGAUGUGAGAGCUGGCAAGCAACCGGAAGCCGCACCAGAGCCGAACAAUAACACACUAGCAGCACCACGCCCUGCCAUGGCCGGCUCCUUGUCGAAUGCGAGCUCCCUGCCGGGGGUAGAAUCCCAACAGUCCCCGCCUAGUUAUGGCGAUGCUGUACCCGAGGACAACCCAAACCAGUUUCCCCGCGAGUACAAGGGCUUGCUCCCAGAGCGUGAGGACCCUACUUCACCCCCUCCAACGGCUGGUGGCUCUAGUCAUCCUGCUCCUCCUCCUAGUGGAGUUCCGCCCGCAUAUGGUCCUGAGGUCCAAUCAAGAAGUCCCUCUGAUAGCAAAGCUACGGCGCCACCACCCACGGCAGGGGCACCGUUUGACUUUGACUCUGCCUUUUCAGGCGUGGGAGCUGCCCCGGUGGAAGAUGAUGAUGACGACGAGGAUGACGAGGACGCUGUCUUCAGUCCUCCGAAGAGUGCUGCACCAGAGUUUGACCCGACAUUCGAUUCGCCUCCGCAACCGUCGCGUGCGCAAUUUCCUUCGGGCCCAGUGACAAACGGGGCGCCCAAGGUUGGAAAUGAGGAUUUCUAUUCCGCUGUCACGACAUCUGCACCUCCCCAGCAAGCACAACCGGCAACUUCCCCUGUCUCACACGACUGGGAUGCUCUCUUCGCGCCAUUGAACGCCAACGCAAGUGACAGCGCGCCAUCACCAUCAGCCGCUAGUCUCCCACAAAGUCAGGCGCAGGCCCCGGAAGUUUCCACACCUUCACCACCGCAAGGGCCAUCGGGUGUUUCUUCCCCCACCCCGGCAAUCGUUGCACCACCACCGGCGUCAUCCCCGCCCCGGUCAAAGGCGGAACGGCCUCAGAUCGGUCGGGCGCUGAGUACGGGUACGGAACACGACGACCCGAUCCUCAAGAGACUGACUGCGAUGGGAUGGUCACGGGAGGAAAGCCUUGCAGCGCUGGAGAAAUUCGACUAUAAUAUUGACAAGGUGAGUUUUGCACAAUUCGGCUUCCAUCAACUCAAUGCUCUGCUGCACGAGGUUUUGCCAUUCGUGCCAUUGAGCGAUCGUCUCGGACCCCGUGCUAACCAUUUUUGA